AUGGCACUUAAAGAUGCACAAAAUGAAAUCAGGCUGCCUGAGAAGAGCGCCAGUAUGGAGCUGGACUGGCCAGGGAACACUGGACUCGAGUGCCGGCGGUUGAACUUGCAGACUGGUCAACAAGUGGGCAAUUGGUCACAAUGCUUUACUGCUGCCGGGUUCUCUGGCCACAACCGGUCGUCGGGUAGCAGUCACAUUUUGAAGAGAACCAACAAUCGAGGUUGCUCCUCCAAGAUCAUCAAUACUGACUGGGCCCAUGUGUUUGAGGCUGCAAAUACUGCGACCACUUCUAAUUACGGCAGUGGUGGCGGUUUGAGCGGCAGUACCAUCGGUAUCGGCCUUGCCUCCAUCAGCCCAAGCAAUAAUGGAUUCCGACCGCAUAAAGGCCAACGUGCUGGUGAUGGCCAGGCCUACAUCUCAGGCCCUGUAGGUCAGGUCAAUGAAGGCUUUAUGAAACAAUCAACUUUAAAUGCUACUAGUGGACCAUCGGUUCGAGUGCUUCCUGAUGUGGCUUCCGCCAGGAUGGCAUCAUCACCUAUGGCUUUAGCUGCUGCUGCUACUGCUGCCAGUGGUACCAAUUCUGGGUCGCUGACUCGAGGCAACCACAUUAGCUCACGCUUGAACAACAAUAAUCACCAUCAAAUGGCUCGUACCAGCCGCAUGGCCAGUCAUUCUGGACCUUCCGGUCUCGUGAUUGGCCCUCACGGCUUUCAACAUCAAGUGAAUCUGGCCCUGAAAGCAGCCUCUCUUUGGUCGGAUGGAGGAACCCCCUUCUCGGCUGGCAACCUGAUGCGCCUUGGUGUUGGUCCGAUUGGGCGAGUUACUGGCAGUGUCGGGGAUAAGAACUCGAUCGGCUCAGGAGGAGUGGGUGAGGGCAUGAUCAAUUCCUAUACAAAGUCUGCGGCAUUCAUUUAA